CGUCCAGCAGCUGAUUGGUCAUCCAGAAGAACUUCCCCCUCAGUGGGGGGUGAGCUCCACUUUGAAGCAGGAGACUCCACAACCACCCCACAUUAAAAAGGAAGAGGAGGAACUCUGGAUCACUCAGGAUGGAAAGUAUCUUCUAGGACCACAGGAGGCUGAUCUCACCAAGUUGCCACUGACUGUUGUCUCUGUGAAGAUUAAAGAUGAUGAAGAGAAACCGCAACCAGACAACCUCUUAGCGCCACUAUCAGAUAGUGAGGCUGAAGACGAGGUUGAAGUAACUUUGAGCAGCGAUACAGACGGUGAAGGUGAUAUGAGGACUCACACUGACAACAAACACUCUGAAUGCUCUAAAAACAAGAGCGAUAAAAAUAGCUGCUCAGCUUCUUUAAAAAGGUUUGCUAGAAAGAGUGAUUUGACCAAACAAAUGAGAACACCCACAGGAGACAAAACAUAUAAUUGUUUAGUUUGUAACAAAAGCUUUUCCCAAAAAAGCAAUUUGACAGAGCACAUGAGAACGCACACUGGAGAAAAACCAUUUAAUUGUUCGGUUUGCGGUAAAAGCUUUACUCUAAAAAUUAAUUUGACUCAACACAUGAGAACACACACAGGAGAAAAACCAUUUACUUGUUCAGUUUGUGGUAAAAGCUUUUCUCUAAAAGCGAAUUUGACUCAACACAUGAGAACGCACACAGGAGAAAAACCAUUUAAUUGUUCAUUCUGCAGUAAAAGCUUUUCCCAAAAGAAUGGUUUGACUGAACACCUGAAAACCCACACGGGAGAAAAACCAUUUAUGUGUUCAGUUUGCGGUAAAAGCUUUUCUCAAAAUAGCAGCUUGACCGAGCACAAAAGAACACACAUAGGAGAAAAAACGUUUAAUUGUACAGUUUGUUGUAAAACAUUUACUAACAAAAGCUAUUUGACUCAACAUAUGAGAACGCACACUGGUCAAAAAACAUAUAGUUGCUUAGUUUGUGGUAAAGGCUUUUGUCGAAACGGCGAAUUGACUCGACACAUGAUAACACACACAGGAGAAAAAACACUUAAUUGUUCAGUUUGUGGUAAAAGCUUUUGUCGAAGUGGGGAUUUGUUAAAACACAUGAGAACACACACAGGAGAAAAACCAUUUAAUUGUACAGUUUGUGGUAAAACCUUUUCUCAACAGAACAGUUUGACCGACCACGUAAGAACACACACGAGAGAAAAACCGUUUAAUUGCUCAGUGUGUGGCAAUAGCUUUUCUCAAAAGUGUAGUUUGGUACGACACAUGAGAACACAUUAAGUUGUUCAGUUUGCGGUGAAAAAUUCCAUCAUAAUGCAGAGGCUAUUAGACAUAUUAGAACUCACACAGGAGAAUAGUCAAUCAGCUGUGGUUUUUUUUUUUUUUUUGUCUUAUACUUCUCAAAUGUGUUGACAUCCACCAAAGCCCAGGACCUCCUCACAAUAAGUUGUCUGAUUAUUUUACAAAUAUCCAUUGUCGAUGUACAAAGUGGGAUUAAAUGGAGCAUAAUCUAAUCUA